AUGUUUCCACUCGUGUUUCUAAAAGAUUUCAUAACUUUCUACAUUUGCACAAUUAUUCUACUCAGUCUACACUCUGAUCAAUUGCCGGAUCAGGACAAAAUUCGAUAGCGAUGCUAGGGCACACCUAGUCACUAAAAAUUCUCUGGUCUAUCCGAGUCCGCGUAAAUCAAUUAGUCCAAUUUUUCAAAAUCCACCGGCAAAUACUUCCGUUGCAAGAAUCGGAUCAGUGGAGGAAGAUACUCUUGCAAACUUAAAAUCUCUCCCAGCAGAGAAAUCGGAUGUCCCUGAGGAUCAGCAGAUGAAGAACAAUUAA